AUGGUUACAGCUCUUUUCUUGCGCGCCUCUCACCAGACGGUGCGGCCAACUGGCCUCCGGCAAUGCCAGGCAGCUGCCAGCCGUCUGGGGUGUAAUGCGUCCUUGAUUCCAGGGGUCAAGAAGGGGCAAUUUCCUAAGAUCCAGAUGCUCUCAACGUCUGCAUCCAAAUUGCAGGCAGACACCCUUGACCGAACUAGAAAUAUAGGUAUCAUCGCACAUAUUGAUGCCGGUAAAACAACGACCACUGAGCGCAUGCUCUACUAUAGUGGCUUUACCCGAAGAAUUGGAGAUGUGGACGAAGGGUCCACCGUCACAGACUUUCUCCCUGCGGAACGCGCUCGCGGGAUCACAAUUCAAUCUGCCGCCAUCACCUUCCAUUGGCCGCCUCAAGCGGCUGUAAAUCUAAUCGACACUCCUGGGCAUGCCGACUUUACCUUUGAGGUUAUGCGUUCUUUGCGCAUCCUAGACGGGGCGGUGUGUAUUCUGGACGGCGUCGCUGGCGUCGAAGCUCAAACGGAGCGAGUAUGGCACCAAGCGAGCACAUAUCGUAUUCCCAGGAUUGUCUACAUUAACAAGCUGGACAGAGACGGUGCAGCUUUUGGGCGUACGGUAAGAGAGAUAAGCUCCCGGCUUGCGGGCUACCCCGCUGUCUGCCAGGUCCCAUGGUUCGAGGGCGGAAAUGGUCGCUUUGUUGGAGUUGGCGAUGCGAUCAACUUGCAGGGUCUCCGCUGGCAAGAUGGGGACGGUAAAGCGGUCAAAAUGUUCAACCUCCAGGAGCUGGACGGCGAGGAACCGGGGCUUGCACAGGAGAUCAAACGCGCAAGGACAGCACUUGUCGAGCUGCUUAGCGAGCAUGAUGAGACUAUGAUUGAGAAGUUCUUUGAGCAUGACGAAGACCAUCUCGCAGUGCCUCCCAACGACAUUCUAGACAGCUUGCGCCGGUGCCUCUUGCAAGAACAGGGUAGGAAGAUUAUCCCCAUCUUCGCAGGCGCUAGCUUCCGCAACAUCGGUGUCCAGCCUCUCCUUGACGCCGUGACGAACCUUCUUCCUAGUCCCCUCGAAACCCCUGACGCAGAGAAGAAGUCCGUCACUCAAGCUGAAUCACAAAAUGCUAUCGAGAAGCUUCAGAGCUGUGCGCUUGCUUUUAAGGUAGUCAAUGAUGCCAAGCGGGGAGUCUUGGUUUAUGUGCGCGUGUACUCAGGUUCUCUGGACCGAAACAGCGCUAUAUUCAACACCAAUCUCAAGAUCACUGAACGUGCACCGCGCUUACUGAAGAUGUACGCCAAUGAUGCUGUCGAGGUGGAUUCCAUCCCUGAGGGACACAUUGGCGUUGUGGCUGGCCUGAAGCAUGCUCGAACUGGAGAUACACUAGUCUCAUAUGCGGGCAACAAAUUAACACCACCAGAACCACUUGAUACCCUCCAACUACGUCCUAUCCAGGUGCCGCCCCCCGUUUUCUUCGCCAGUAUCGAGCCGCACAGCCUAAGCGAGGAGAAGAAGAUCCAUGAAUGUCUAGCCCUACUCCUACGUGAAGACCCAAGUCUUCACGUCACUGUUGACGAAGACUCUGGGCAAACGCUCCUAAGCGGCAUGGGCGAGCUCCAUCUCGAGAUUGCCCGAGACCGCCUGAUCAACGACCUCAAAGCCAAGGCAACAAUGGGCCGCAUUGAAAUCGGCUACCGUGAAUGUCCGCUCGGAGAGUCGCCUGUUGUCACCAAAAUGUUCGACAAAGAGAUCGCCGGCCGCAAAGGCAAAGCCGGCUGCACAGCAGUAGUGGAACCUUUCGACCCGGAUAACGCACCUCCAGUACCCGAAGACGCGCUCUCGGUUGAGACCAAAGAGGGCAAUCAGAUAAUCAUCAUCGCCCCGGAACUGCAGGUAGAAACCAACCGCAAAGGCAUCGAGGAAAGCCCCGUACUUCCCCCAGGCCUAGAUAUGCAAUCCUUCCGCGCCUCCCUCCAUAACGGCUGCCUUGCUGCCCUUGCUCGCGGCCCUCAGUUCACUUUCCCUAUGCACCACACCCGCGUCACCCUCACCAUCAACCCAACCGAACACCUCUUCGGCACCGAUACCACCCCGGCCGCCCUCUCCUCCGCAGCACGUCUAGCCACCUCCGCCGCUCUCCGCGACCUCCUCUCGUCCGGCCCAGGCACCUCCCUAAUGGAACCCGUUAUGAACGUCAUCAUCAGCAUCGACGAAGCCAGUCUCGGAGCCGUCGUACACGACAUUUCUUCCUCGCGCGGCGGCCACAUCGUCUCCCUGGACGAAGAAAUCCCCCUCACAUCAACCGACCUCUCCGCGUCCCCGCAACCGGUCGAGGACCUCCCACCCAUCGACCCGAAGAAGGUCUACGCCCCCGCGGACCCAUUCGAGUCUGGUUCCGUUGGUGCCUCCCUCCCGGACACAGCUAACCGGCCCAGAACCAUUACGGCCAAGGUACCCCUCAAGGAAAUGGUUGGGUACUUGAAACACCUGCGUAGUUUGAGUGCCGGUCACGGUACAUUUGUGAUGAGUGUUGAUCGGUUCGAGAAGAUGAGUACCCCGCGACAGAAGGCUGUGUUGACGGAGCUGAGGGGUGGGUUUUAG